UCUCUAUAUAGUAACGUUAUAAGAGUCCGCAUCACAUUAGUGUGAAUUCAAGUGAAUGUCAGCUCACAGUACAGACAUUCAUACUCCUAGUGUUUAAAUAUAAUUAUGAUCAGAUCUGGACAGUAAACAGGUUGAGGAGUUUUUAUAGACUGAUCUGGGAACUUGCCAGCUCGAUGACAAGCUGUAAAUCAGAGUUAUUAUACAGUAAAGCGCAGUCUGAGCUCGCCUUAGAUUAAAGGUCCCCUCAGCCUUUUCAAACAUCAGCCAUGGCUCCGAAAAAGAGACCAGAGCCCAUAGUUAUAACCGGAUCCGGAGAGGCACAGACGACCUCUACAUCCAUCGAUGCAGCUUCAGAAGCGAAUCUUGAGACCCUGCAGAAGAAGCUGGAAGAGCUGGAUUUGGAUGAGCAGCAGAAGAAGCGUCUGGCAGCUUUUCUCACGCAGAAAGCCAAUCUGGGCGAGCUGAAAGAUGAUGAUUUCCAGCAUAUCUGUGAACUGGGAGCUGGAAAUGGAGGUGUGGUUAAUAAAGUGUGCCACAAACCCUCUGGCCUCGUAAUGGCCCGGAAGUUAAUUCAUCUGGAGAUCAAGCCAGCCUUCAGGCACCAGAUCAUCAGGGAGCUGCAGGUCCUGCAUGAGUGUAACUCUCCGUACAUCGUGGGUUUCUACGGGGCGUUUUACAGCGACGGGGAGAUUAGCAUCUGUAUGGAGAACAUGGACGGAGGCUCUUUGGAUCAGGUUCAGAAAGAGGCUCGCAGAAUUCCAGAGGAGAUCUUGGGAAAAGUCAGCAUAGCCGUUUUAAGAGGUCUCGCUUACCUUCGAGAAAAUCACCAGAUUAUUCACAGAGAUGUGAAACCUUCAAAUAUUCUGGUCAAUUCCCGCGGGGAGAUCAAACUGUGUGACUUUGGCGUGAGCGGGCAGCUCAUCGACUCCAUGGCCAACUCUUUUGUAGGAACGCGCUCGUACAUGUCGCCGGAGAGGUUGCAGGGCACUCAUUACUCGGUGCAGUCAGACGUGUGGAGUAUGGGUCUCUCUCUGGUGGAGCUGGCCAUCGGCCGCUAUCCCAUUCCUCCACCCGACGCCAAGGAGCUGGAGGGCAUCUUCGGCAGGGCAGUGAUGGAUGUUCGGGAGACAGGGACACGCAGUACAUCUGCUCGACCCAGAGCCCCCGGCAGACCCGUCAGCGGUCACGGGCCCGUCAUGGCUAUAUUUGAGCUGCUGGAUUAUAUAGUCAAUGAGCCGCCCCCUAAACUCCCUCAUGGUGUCUUCACUCCUGAUUUCCAGGACUUUGUGACCAAAUGUCUGAUUAAAAACCCUGCAGACCGAGCAGACCUGAAGAUGCUGAUGAAUCACACGUUUAUUAAGCGCUCAGAGGUGGAGGAGGUGAACUUCGCUGGAUGGUUGUGUAAAACGGUGGGGCUCAAUCAGCCCAGCACACCCACCCAAACAGCUGAAUGACACACACACACUCUCUCUCUCUCUCUCUCACACACACACACACACACACACACACACACACACAAGACACGAUUCCCCUACAGAAUACAAACGUUUACAGCCUAUCUGAUGGAACACCUGCAAAGCUGCUUAUUUUACACUUUGACUUCAAUAUUCAUGGGUGAAUCUCAUGGAUCCAGUCAAGAACAUGAACAUUUGACGCUCAAAACAAAGAAACGAGUAUUUUGAUGAAAGAAAUUUAAGAUCUUGCAUCAGGUGAUCUUUGUCUUGCCAAAAAAGUGCAUUUGCCCCCCAAAAAACCAAUGAAAUAUUAUUGAAUUAUGAAGUAAAGUCCUGUAUGGUAGUAUUUGUUGUACUGCCUUUAAUUUUUACAUUAUCAUUUCAUUACUAGUACUUGCAGUAGUAUUUCGUACUGUAGUACGCAAAAAUACAGUUACUGUAAUGUAAUUCACCAACAAAAAUAAUUAUGAAAAAUGGCUGAAAUUACAAAAAGGAAGUUUUGGUUAAUUGUCUUGAAAAUGUCACAAUGCGAAAACAAGCUUAAAGUCUGGUCUUAAAAAUAAGCAAAAUCUAAUUUUCAUUUAUUUUUCUUUUGAUUUUGUUGUAUGUUCAUUCUUGCGUUUCACACAGACAUCAACUACAGACAGUUGUUGCUUUAAAGACUCAAUAAAGUGAUUGUAGAGGGGA